GUGGCGCGGGCGAGCCAGCGCGGCCUUCCCGCGCCGCCGCCGCCGCCGCCUGCCUGAGCCAUCCGCUGCGCCGGAGUCUCCGCUGCCGCCGGCCCAUGGAUUUCACAUAGCCUCCCGGCUGCCCGGGCUCCGGCUGCUGCCUGCAUGGCGGCCCCCCCGGACGUGGCUUCGGCCUCCAGCUCGUCGCUCUUCCGCCUCCGCCACCUCCGCCUGGGGCUGGAGCUGCGGCCCGACGCCCAGGCCUUGGCCGGCUGCUUGGUGCUGGAGCUCUGCGCCCGCCAGGCGCUCCCCCGGGCCGGCAGCAGCGGCAGCCCCGGCGCCCUGGUGCUGGACGCGCACCCGGCCUUGCGAGUGGCCUCGGUGGGCUUCCGCACUCUCCAGGACGGCGAGAAACGCUGCGGCUUCGUCUUCCCCGCCGCCGCCGCCGCCGCCUCUUCCUCGGGGGGAAGCGGCAGGACGAGCCCCCAGGGCCAGAAGGGCGGAGGCAGCGGCGAGGAGGAGAAGCGGGGCGCCCGCCCCAAGUGCCCCGCUUGGGACCCCCUUUCCGCCCCCUCGUCCCUCUCCUCUUCCUCCUCCUCCUCUUCCUCGGAGGGUCCAGAGCCCCUCCCGCCCCACUGCCCCCCUCGGGCAGGCUGCCCCUCCCCCAGCGUGCCCCUCUCGGACCCCCACCCCCACUGCCCCCUCAGCACCCCCAGCGCCCUUUCGGCCUCGGGGCCCGCACCCCCAGCCCUGGCGGACCUUGAGCCGGCCCGCUGCUGCCCCCUCAGCUCCCUGGCUGGCCCCCACCAUGGGCCCUCCUCUGCGGUGCCUCCUCGCCCCCACCGGGGCUGCCCCCCUGUCCUCCUGGGUGGCCCCCUCACUGCUGCCCCCGCGGCCGGUGCUGAUGCCCUCUGCCUAGACCCCAAGGCCUGUGGGGCUGGCCGGCGAUCCCCUCUGGCUGCCCCAGCCAGCCCUGCCCUGAACCACUUGGCCUGCUCCUUCCCCGACUUCCCUCUGGCCCCGGAGAUGGCUCCUCCACCCAUCCCCACCUUCCCGGGCCCUUCUGCUGCCUCCCCAGCCCCCUGCCCACUUAUGUUCAGGGUGGACCCCUUCACGGACUACGGCUCGUCCCUCACCAUCUCCUUGCCUUCCUGCCUGGAGCCUCGCCAGCCCUUCCAGAUCAUCAUCCGCUACACCACCGUGGAUGCGCCGGCCAUCUGGUGGCUGGAUCCAGAGCUGACCUAUGGCAAUUCCAAGCCCUUUGUCUUCACCCAAGGCCACUCGGUGUGCAACCGCUCCUUCUUCCCCUGCUUUGACACCCCGUCUGUGAAAUGUACCUACUCUGCCAUUGUCAAGGCUCCUGCAGGCAUGCAAGUGUUGAUGAGUGCCACCCAAAGCAGCUACGAGGAGCAAGAAGGCAUCUACCGAUUCCACAUGGAGUACCCAGUUCCUGCCUAUCUGGUGGCGCUGGUAGCAGGGGACCUCGUACCUGCAGACAUUGGUCCCAGGAGCAGAGUGUGGGCAGAACGGUGCCUGCUGUCGACAGCGGUCAGCAAACUCUCGGGUCGGGUUGAGCGCUGGCUGAGUGCUGCAGAAAGCCUCUAUGGCCCCUAUAUAUGGGGAAGGUACGACAUCGUUUUUCUUCCCCCAUCUUUCCCCAUUGUUGCCAUGGAGAAUCCCUGCCUGACAUUCAUCAUCUCUUCCAUCCUGGAGAGCGACGAGUUCCUCAUCAUCGAUGUCAUCCACGAGGUGGCCCACAGCUGGUUUGGCAACGCGGUCACCAAUGCCACCUGGGAAGAGAUGUGGCUGAGCGAGGGGCUGGCCACUUACGCUCAGCGCCGGAUCACCACUGAGACCUAUGGUGCUGCCUUCACGUGCCUAGAGACUGCUUUCCGUCUUGAUGCCCUCCACAGACAGAUGAAGCUCCUUGGAGAGGACAACCCUGUUAGCAAGCUUCAGGUUAAGCUGGAACCAGGUGUGAAUCCCAGCAACCUGAUGAACCUCUUCACAUAUGAGAAAGGUUACUGCUUCGUUUACUACCUGUCUCAGCUCUGUGGAGACCCAGCGUGCUUUGAUGCCUUCCUGCGAGCAUACAUCGAGAAGUAUAAGUUCACUAGCGUUGUGGCCCAAGAUCUCUUGGACUCCUUCCUGGCUUUCUUCCCAGAACUGAAAGAACAAUGCAUUGAGAGCAAAGCAGGACUAGAGUUUGAACGCUGGCUCAAUGCAACAGGUCCUCCUUUAAUUGAGCCAGACUUAUCUCAGGGAUCCAGUCUGACCAGCCCAGUAGAGACACUUUUCAGUCUCUGGACCAUCGAGCCUCUGGAUGCUGCUGCUGCUGCAAGCAGUGUGGACAUUACAAAGUGGAGAACGUUCCAAACUGUACUCUUCCUGGACAGACUCUUGGAUGGGUCACCACUGCCUCAUGAAGUGAUCUCUAAGCUCUCAGAAUGCUACUCCACCCAGCUGGAUAGCAUGAACGCAGAGGUCCGCAUUCGCUGGCUGCAGAUCAUUGUCCGCAACGACUACUACCCUGACCUUCACAAAGUCCGACGCUUCUUGGAAAACCAGAUGUCCCGGAUGUACACAAUUCCAUUGUACGAGGACCUCUGUUCUGGCACCUUGAAGUCAUUUGCCUUAGAAGUUUUCUACCAGACCCAGAACCAGCUGCACCCCAACUUGCGGAAAACCAUCCAGCAGAUCUUGACGCAGGGCUUGAACCCCCUCCUUGCCAUGGACACAACAGCCCUUGCUGCAGACGCCCUGGCUUCUGGGCUUGACGACAAGCCCCCAGAAGCUGCCAGUGGUGCCAUUUCUCUCAGGGACGUGAAUGUGUCUGCUUAGUUUGCCAGCUCCCGCUGGGUGUUGAAGCUGGAGGGGGUGCAGGCAGGAGACGCGGGGAAGGCUUAAGAAAAUGCUGCUGCCUUACCCUCUGUGCCCCAGCUGCCACUACUGGGGGACUGGAUCUCUUGAACCCUGGGCCCCCAAAGAACCUAGCACAUGUGCCUUCAAGUGCCUGAUGCAUUGGCACAGCCAGAUAUCAGGGAUGUAUCUCCUCUUAGCUGCAAGUGGAAACUGUUUUCGGGAUGGAUCUCUUGACGGUGCAUCAUGAAUGUGAAUUCCAGGGUGACUGGUUCUCCCAGUGCAAGCAGAAAAGGGUUCUGUUUCAGAUACUUGGGAGGCAGGGUGCCCUCUGAUUCUGAAGAGAGACAAAAUUGCCACUGGCUGCAUGGUAUUGCGGAAGUAAGAAAAAGAGAUUAUCAAGAUCUUGAAAGUGGGGCAGUGCUCUGCAAAGAAUGGACUUGAUAAAACUGAAAGGAAGGGGUGGGGAACGCAUUUUGUUUUGUGCUCUUUACUGUUUGAUUUGGGAGGUGGAGAAACUUUAACAACGAAGAAUCUCUUUCUAGCAGUGCCUAGAUAGUUUGGCAGAUUCAGUGUCCUCCCACACUUCGGUUCUGCCUUGUCCCUCUCCUUUGCAGGAUGUUUGACACCCAGAUUCCACUAAAGUGCAAUGAGGCCAUUCUCUCCCCACUCCCCCCCCCAAUUAAGGUCUGCUGCAAACCCAACUUUUGGCCUUCGCUAGUGCCUGGGAGACAGCCCUGAAGCAGAAGGGGUGAUCUGCCUCUUCUUCCAACUCAGUCAAUGGGAUUUAUGGAUGAGCAUGGACACAAUCCACCAGGAAUUCUUCAUGUGUGCUAUUGUGCAACUUCCUCUUACUUUAAAGAGGCCAACAUGAGAGAAGAUCCUGGUGCCUUGUGUCUGUGGUCUCUCCAUGCUGCCUAAAAACCAUGGGAAUGAACAACCAGGCAUACCUUUUUGUUGAGAAACUUCUCGUUUGUUCCCAGAGAGACUUAUGCUUUACUGAAGAAAGGCUGGGGACAGUGUUUAGGUGCUCUCUAGAGGAGAAAAUGACUCUUGGAGGAAGGUGGCUUUCAAACCUCAGCCCAGCCCAUGGGUCCAGCACCAUAUUGCCCAUCCACAGAGCUGUUCACACAAACCUUUCUCCACUGACCAUUAAGCGUAGAUAGUGAGUCUGCAACAGUUGCCUUCUGCAGGCAAACCAGCAUAAUCGGUAUCCGUGCAAAAUGAACAGAGGGGUAGUAAUAAGGAAGGCACUGCUGCAUCCUUCAGAAGAUGACCAAAGGUGGGCAAAAUAGCAUCUGGUCAGAUUUUUCUACUGAGUGGCUGAAUUUUUAGAACCCCCCUGAGUUUGUAAGCACCACAGAGUGGAUUGUUGACCAGUUCAACUAAUAACUUCACAAGCCAGGGAUUCUCAGACUUGGGUCCCCAGAUGAUAUUUGACUACAGCUCCCAUCAUCUUUUGGCCAUUGUGGCUGGAUAUGAUAGGCAGUCCAACACCAUCUGGAGGUCCAAGUUUGAGAGCGCUUGCCUCCAGGUCUAUGAAGAGGCUUCCAUUAAAGCCGAAAGUGCCAUACGUUGGCCAGAGGAUGUGGGGACAGGGGCAAGGUGUAGGUGUGUGUUAAGUCGCUCUGCUUGCCCUCUUGAGAGAGGGAUGUGCCUGGGGGCCACAUUAUGCUGUAUGUGGUAGACGGGGUGUGUGGUGUUGCUGCAGAAAUCGUGAUGCGUGAAGAUGAGGCCUAUGUCCCCACAUGCUCAGUGCCAUGCCGUGGAUUGGCCCCAGAGAGUCGCUAUUGGAAGUGAUGCUCUGGUCCAUGUGUAUGGCUAUGGACACACAUGGUCCCCCUUGCUUUCAUGGGCUUAUUCAGCUGGUGUGCCAAAGCAGUGUGUGAAGAGGUCAUGGGGGUUGCUCACAAGACUGCCAAGGUUACCUGUUCUGGGGGGAAAUGGGGGCUGUGUAAGUGCUAACAACUGGAUUGUGUCCAAAACAUCCUAUAGGGUGUAAGGGUGUGAGUAUGUGGAAUCUCAGGCAGCAGUCCGAAAACCAUUUACCUCUGCAUGCAGCUGAGGGGCUUGUUACCAGACCUGUUCUGGGUCCCCCACCCAUUCUUUGAAUUUUUUUUUUUUAAUCUGAUAUUAAUUUUAGCCGAAGAUAAAGUGGAGUAAAGCAAUAAUUAACUCAGGCAUUAGAAAACUGCUCCACCUAUGUUGUGAUACUUGAAAUUACAGCAAGCUCUCUUCUCCUUCACAACAGGGAUUCAUGAAUUGGUGGGGGAUAUGUUGGACCCCUGGUACCCACCCCGAUGCACUCCCAUGUGCUCCCUUGCAUUGUUGGUCGUGCUGCAAAGAUCUGUCCCUCUGGGCGUGCAGCACCUUUUGGUGCCGGCUCUAACCUGGCAGCGAUCAGCAGUGUCUAGCAUCCCCUCCGCCCCUGCUUUAGGCCUUGGUUUUAUUACAUUUUUAUUUUUGCAGGAGAAUGUAUGUAACCCUGGUGGAAAUUCUUUUAAAAACAUACAUUGAUGCCUUAUAACAUCACUGAUACACAUUGAAUUAAACUAAAUGUCAUGAC